AUGCAAACGGGGAACAGUGGAUACUGUGCUUCGAAAACAAUGAGAAAGUCCCACUCUCGACCAUCGAACCGUUGGUUUACGGUAUGCCGAUAUAAGAAACUUGCCGACGGCGUUAGCAAAUGCAGUUUGAACAAAUUCACCAUUGUUGGAGUUUGCUUACUGCUGGUGCUGCAUUCUGUCCAAGCUCUUCAGAACCCACGUAUAACAGAGCAUCCAAUAGACACCACCGUACCGCGUCAUGAACCGGCCACACUCAACUGCAAAGCGGAAGGAAUACCCCAACCAACAAUCCAGUGGUACAAGGAUGGCGCACCAUUGAAGAUACUCCAGGGAUCGCACCGAAUAGCGCUGCCUGCCGGUGGUUUGUUUUUUCUGAAGGUUGUAAACUCCCGGAGAGAAAGCGACGCUGGUGUGUACUGGUGUGAGGCACGGAACGAGAACGGUAUUGCCAGAAGUAGGAACGCUACCUUACAAGUAGCAGUACUAAGAGAGGAAUUUAGGCUCGAACCGCAGCAUACUCGUGUGGCACAGGGUGAAACGGUAUUGCUAGAAUGUGGUCCACCAAAGGGUAUUCCGGAACCAACUCUAUCGUGGCGAAAAAAUGGCCAAAAACUGGAAGUAGAAUCCUCCAAACGAAUACGCAUUGUAGAUGGAGGUAAUUUAGCUAUUCAGGACGUACGACAAACGGACGAAGGACAAUACCAAUGCAUCGCAAAGAACUUAGUGGGCGUACGGGAGUCAGUGACCGCUUUUCUCAAAGUCCAUGUGAAACCCUUUCUGAUACGUGGCCCUCAUGAUCAAACUGUCGUCGAAGGUGCAUCUGUAACAUUUCAAUGUCGCGUUGGAGGAGAUCCCAUGCCGGACGUUCUAUGGCGUCGAUCCGCAUCGGGAGGCAAUAUGCCAUUAGAUCGAGUGCACAUCCUCGAAGAUAGAAGUCUUCGCUUGGAAAAUGUAAUACUGGAUGACGAGGGAGAGUACAGCUGUGAAGCGGAUAAUGCUGUAGGAGCCAUCUCAGCAACUGGUACAUUGACCGUCCAUGCACCUCCCCAUCUUUCGAUAAGGCCUGUGCCGCAGGUUGUUGAAGCACCGCACGACGUGUCGUUCGAAUGCAAAUCUGAAGGCCGUCCAAAACCGACGACUUUUUGGUCGGUCGAAGGCAAUCGAACAUUGAUCUUUCCCGGCACGACCUUUGAUCGAUUCGAAACGACAUACACGCCGGAAAGUCUCACCGUUCUCACACUUUCGCAAACUGCGAAGUCUGACAAUGGGCUCGUGGUUGUUUGUAGCGCCGUAAAUAGUGUUGGUUCGAUCAGUGUCCGAGCUCGGCUAAUGGUAGCUUCGCAGGAUGACCGACCACCACCGAUCAUUAUUCUUGGCCCAACCAACCAAACGCUUCCGGCGAAAUCGACCGUGCCGUUGGUUUGCAAUGCCGUCGGUAAUCCUAAUCCGUUCAUCUCCUGGUAUCUGGACGGUAAUCCUGUUGUUCCCUCGGAACGAAUCAAUGUAACGGAAAAUGGGACGCUUUUGCUGCGAGAGCUGGAAAAAAGUACCGACCAGGGGCUGUACACGUGUGUGGCCAGCAGUCGUAGUGGGAAAUCUACCUGGAGCGCUUACCUACGCGUGGAAUCACCAACAAAUCCGAACGUUAAUUUUUACCGCGCACCUGAACCAUUCGAAUUUCCAAGUGCACCGGGAAAACCACAAAUCGUGAACAUCAACAACAGUUCCAUCACAAUCUCAUGGUUGCCGAGCAUUAAGUCCGGUGCUUCCGACAUCAAUGGUUAUCUGAUUGAGGUGUUUUCAAGCGAUAUGGCGAAGGGUUGGACAACGGUACCGUACAAGAUCUCGUCGACCAGCUACAAUUACUCUCCCGUAUCGCCAAACGUUAGUUACAUUUUUAUCGUACGAGCUGAAAAUGACCAGGGACUUGGUAUCCCCAGCCUUAUGUCAGACCCUGUGACAAUUGGACGAGAAUUCAAUCACGGAGAAGACAUCAAUCUCAGCGAAGCGCAGGCAACCCUUUCGUCCGGUCAAGUGGUCAAUCUUCUCGAGGCUAAUGCAUCAGAUGCUACAAGCGUACGGUUGGUUUGGGAGAUUGUUAACGGUCAGUAUGUGGAAGGAUUCUACAUCUACUCACGGAAGAUAAACUCCAACGGAACGUAUCGAACAUUGACUGUUCUUCACGGUGGUGGUGCCUCUGCGUGUACAAUAAAUGGGCUAGAAAAGUUUACUGAGUACGAGUUUUUCCUAGUACCGUUCUUUAAAACGAUUCAAGGUCGUCCGUCAAAUUCUAGAUCUACUUGCACACUGGAAGAUGUUCCAACGGCACCACCAAUCAACCUGGAAGCGGUUUUAUUGAACACCUCUGCCGUGUAUCUAAAGUGGGAUCCUCCAAGUAACCACACUAUAAAUGGAAAAUUGAAACACUAUCACAUCAUCAUCCGAGGCUACGACGUUCACAACAUAUCCAAAGUUCUCACCAACAUGACGGUGGAUGGAGAUGCACCAAAGUUACUGCUAGCUAAUCUAUCGGCUGGUGUUACUUAUUCUGUCAGCAUUGCAGCGUCGACUAAAGUCGGCAUUGGCCCAUACAGUAUUCCUUCCAUUUUAAGGUUGGAUCCACACACUAGACGGCUUGAUCAUGGGUAUACGAGAUACCCAAUAAACCACGACUACUCUCACGAUAUUUUGACGCAAACGUGGUUCAUUAUUCUGCUCGGUUCCAUCAUUGCCAUUAUCGUCUUCCUGUUCGGUGCCAUCAUCAUUUUCCGCAGGAUACAAUUUAUGAAGCAUAGCUCGUUGAACAAUAUGCACGGUAAUCACGCUAUUGGAACUGUUCGAAAAUUUCCUACCCUACCAUUGAAUCCGAAUGGCGUGUGGAUCGACCCGGGGGGUGGUGUAUGGCGACAAGCAACUGAUAUUACUAAGGAAGUCAUCACCGAUUAUGCUCAGGUUUCUGCCGCACCUACACUACCGCUUCCAGAUUAUGAACGACUGUCCCCGCUGAAUAUGCCUGACUACGCGGAAGUGGCCGGUUGUUCAUCAUUCAAAAACGAUCUGGGACAAUCGGACCCAUGCUAUGACAACUACGGUGCGUAUGCGUCAACCACGCUGGUAGGCCGCUCGGUGCAACUGUACGCCCAAAAUCAAUUCGAUGGCAAAAAUGUCUACUCAGCUCCUACUCUUGCAACGGCCGCCGCAGCGCCCGCUGGAUGUCACUACAAUAAUUUCAUAAAUCAACAACAUCAGCAGCGCCACCAACAGCAACUGCAAGGGCAGUACGGUCUCCACGGACCGCAGCAGAUGCAUGCUCAGAUACAGUCGCAACCACACCAGCAACAAAUCGGAGUGCAUGAUAAACGGGAACGAGACGCUAGCGGACGCCCGGUCGGUGGCGGUAGCAUGAAAAGCCAGAAAAUGAACAUCAUCGAAAAUCGGAUGGCCGAUAUGUUGAACAAUUUGAAUCAAUGCUCGUCGACGGGCCCUACGGCAAGCUACAGCACCGGCGGUGGCAUUGGCUCAUCGUACGGUGGCUCAACGGUAAGUAAUCUCAACAGUGGCAGCCACUGUAGCCUACUUCCGGCGGGCCAACCGAUGGCAGCCUCGUCGACGCUGACGAUGGAUGUGAUGAACGGUUUGUCUGGAAGCGUUCCAAGUGGCAACGGUGGUGCAGGUGGUGGACCAGGCGGUAGUAGCAGUGUACCCCAUACACCGCUUUUUGGCACGAUUAAACGAACGACCAAGUACAACAAAAUAGGCUACAAUAAGGAUAAUAAACUCAAUUUCGGCGAUAAUGGUCGAUCGGUUGAGCAGCCGUUGUUCGUCAAAUCGAAGUACGACGGUACCUGGUCGUCCGUGCCGAGCUCAGUCACGACGGCGUCGGCAAGCAGCAUCAACAUGAUUAAUAAUUCGCCAUAUCAACAGCAACAGCAGCAGCAGCAGCAUCAUCUACUUCCGCUCCAUCUGAACACCAACGGUGGUCAUCAGCAGCAACCUUUGACGGCAACAGUAGGCCCACCGCCCCCACCACCACCUCCGCAGUCCCCAGCAAUUCAACAAGCGCCUUCAGUAGUUCAUCACUUUCCUUCGGGUCACCAUCACCCAGCAUCCGUUUCGUCGUUCCAUGGUGGAAAAGAAUCAUCCUGAUCACCAUCGCGCAUUUCGCCAACGAAGCACGGCAUGCAAACAAAUAAUUUAGAUAAUCAUCCAAUACAGGAGUGCAACAAUGGAGCCAACACAAUCACUAAUGGGAAGGAAGCUGCGACUGGUUUCAUUGGCAACACGCAUCAUCCGUUGCAGCAACCGAAUUAUUUAACGGGCAGCACUAAAACGGACAAUGUAUAA